AUGGAAUCCGUGGUUUCGGAGCUAGAAGGAACUCUUUUAAGGAACGAAGAUUCUUUCUCCUACUUCAUGCUAGUAGCUUUUGAAGCCUCCGGGUUAAUUCGAUUUACAUUGUUGUUAUUAUUUUGGCCAGUUAUCAAGUUACUCGAAAUAUGUGGUAAGCCGGAUAUUGGCCUAAAAUUGGCUAUCUUUUUUGCCACUGCUGGAGUUCGUAUAUCGGAAAUUGAAUCGGUUGCAAGGGCAGUUUUGCCUAAGUUUUAUUUUGAUGAUAUUGAUUUGGAGGCAUGGAGGGUGUUUAACUUGGGUGAAAAAAGAGUGGUUGUGACUAAAAUGCCUAGAGUUAUGGUUGAGCAGUUUGUGAAAGAUCAUUUGCGUGCUGAUGAAGUUAUUGGGACCGAGCUUGUGGUGAGCCGGUUUGGGUUUGCCACGGGCUUGGUUCGUGAUAAUGGGUUCGGAUUAUCGGUUUCUGAUCGUGUUGCAGCCAUGUUUAAAGAUCACCAACCCAGCCUAGGCCUUGCUAGGUGCUAUUCAGAUACAUCUUUCUUGUCUUUGUGCAAGGAACAAGUAAAUGCACCAUACAAAGUCGAAAACCAUAACCAAAGACCACGGCAGGUCGACAUCCGGCCAGUCCCGGUAAUCUUCCACGACGGCCGACUCGUGAAACGGCCGACGCCAUCCACGGCGCUUCUCAUCAUCCUAUGGAUCCCAAUCGGUAUCAUCCUCGCAAUCAUUCGCAUGGUAGUCGGUGUCAUAGUCCCUAUGUGGGCCAUUCCAUAUAUGUCAGUCAUAUUCGGAGCACGAGUUAUAGUAAAAGGAGUCCCUCCACCACCACCAUCAGGAUCCAAUUCCGGUGUCCUUUUCGUAUGCACCCACCGUACUUUACUCGACCCCGUGGUACUAUCAACCGUUCUCCAGCGCAGCAUUCCAGCUGUCACUUAUUCCUUAUCAAGACUUUCAGAAAUCUUAUCCCCAAUCCCGACUGUUAGACUAACCAGGAUCCGCCACGUAGACGCUGAAAAAAUCAAAAAAGAAUUAUCUAAAGGUGAUUUAGUUGUAUGCCCCGAAGGCACAACUUGUAGGGAACCCUUUUUACUUCGUUUUAGCGCACUUUUCGCCGAAUUAACAGACAGGAUUGUACCCGUUGCAAUGAACUACCGGGUCGGGUUCUUUCAUGCAACUACUGCCAGGGGAUGGAAGGCGUUAGACCCGAUUUUCUUUUUCAUGAACCCUAGACCGGUUUAUGAGGUUACAUUUUUGAACCAGUUGCCGGUUGAAGCUACUUGUUCAUCAGGAAAAAGCCCGCAUGAUGUCGCGAAUUACGUACAAAGAAUCCUGGCUGCGACGCUAGGAUUCGAGUGUACGAAUUUUACAAGGAAAGAUAAGUAUAGAGUGUUGGCUGGAAAUGAUGGAACGGUGUCGUAUACAACCGUGAUGGACCGGGUUCAGAAGAUGAGCAAGACAUUAAAGAAGGUUGUGGGAACGGUUAAACCAUUUAUCUUUUUUAAUUAGUAAUUAAUUGUGAUUUCAUAUGGUUAAUAAUUGUUUGUUUUUUGGUUUAUACAUAUAUGUAUGUAUGUAAUCAAUUUUUUCUUUGU